AUGCUGGCCAAGCCGGGCAAAGUCCUAGGCCUGGUCUCUAGCUUUAUCUACUGCUUCUUAUCCUUCCCACCCAGGGGUGAUACGGAGGCAAUCUGCGUCGUGUACCUGCCAGCCUAUUCCCCAGAUGAUACUGCGGCGCGAGCUUCAACAGCGGAUUCUAUAGCCCAGAUUACCAUGAUGUCGACAGGCGCGCGGCCUCAGGUGCUCCCUCUUAAUCAGUCCCAGCUGCAGAAAUCAGUACUGGGCAAGCUAUCCCGGACUAAGAUCAAGAUGGCCUUUAAAAAGGGUGAUUACGCCGCUUAUCAGGAGGUCAACAGCACCGCCAUCAAGCUGCACCGCGCCGCAGCCCGGGUCCACCCUGCCAACAAUCUAGAGGAAUACCUACUUACACACUUUAUAGCAUGCCUCGAUCUCCCCGACGAGUUCGACGUGCAGUCCUCCCUAUUUAACAUUAGUAUCACCUCAGUAAACCUCAUCAGACUGAAGAAGCACAUCAAAGAACAGCUCAAUCUCGCGCAGGAAAUCCCAAUCAUUACACUAAUGGUGAACCCCACGGUCCGCGCCCUCACCGCAGCCCUAGAAAACAGCCAACGCAAGCACGAAACCGGCGCGUAUAACCCCGUCGUCACACUCCAGUCCCAAGGCAACAAGACCCCGCUGUGGCUCGUCCACCCCGGCGUCGGCAAGGUCCUUGUCUUCCUUAACCUCGCCAAGUUCCUUAUCAAUCAUAAAGUAUACACGCUCCGCGCGCGAGGCUUCAACAAGGGUGAACAGUCCUUCAAAACAAUUAACAAAGUCAUCCGCACCUACCACACCACUAUUAAGCAGCAACAACCACAGGGGCCGUACGCAAUCGCCGGGUAUUCAUACAGGACCAUGCUCGCCUUUAAAAUCAGCAAGGUUCUCAAGAGUAACGGCGACACCGUAUGCUUCCUACGCUUCUUUAACCUCCCGCCCUAUAUUAAGGCGCGCAUGCGCCAGCUCAAUUACCAGGAAUACCUACUACACCUGUCGUACUUCCUCGGGCUGAUGACGGAGGACCGGGCCCGGGAACUAGCAGUAGAUCUAAAGUCCCAGAACGCAAUACAUAAAGAAGCACUUGCCAGCAUCCUCACAGAGGCCAAUCAAGCGCGUCUCACUAAACUCACUCUCGCGCCUGAGGGUCUGACCAAGUAG